AUGACCAAAGCAGAAUCCCUCUCGCUAGAGGGCAAGGUGGCCAUCGUGACGGGCGCGGGCCGCGACUCGGGCAUCGGCGCCGCCAUUGUCACGGCGCUGGCCCGCAACGGCGCCAAGGUGGCCAUCAACUACAUGAGCGACUCGACGGGGCCCCAGGCACAAGCCAUUGCCGACCGCCUCGCGGCCCAGGUUGGCGCCCGCUGCGCCGUGCCGAUUCAGCAAAACGUCGAGACCGAGGAGGGCGCCCAGGCCUUGGUCCAAAAGACCCUCGCCGCGUUUGGCGUCGACCACAUUGACAUUCUCGUCAAUAAUGCUGGCUGUAAUCUGCCUGGAUCCACUGCCGACACGCCACUGGAGAAUAUCCACGCGCAAUUCAACAAGAAUAUGUUUACCGCCAUCUACAUGGUGCGCGCUGCCUUGCCACACAUUCCCCGGGGCGGUCGCAUCAUCAAUAUUAGCACCAUUUGCACAAAGUUCUACAUUGAGGGAUUGAACUUUUACAGCGCAGCCAAGGCGGCUCUAGACUCGUUGACACACUCGUGGGCUGCAGAGUUUGGGCGCAAAUAUGGUAUUACCGUCAACAGCAUUGCACCUGGUCCGGUCGAUACAGAUGAGUCCAGAAAGUUUGCUCGGGACAACCCCAAUGGGCACAGAGCGAUGCAGGCCAUAGUUGAUGUGACGAGGGCAGCAGACAGAAUGGGCCAUGUUGAAGAUGUUGCGGAUGCAGUCUUGUUGUUUGUCCAGGAAAAGAGCCGUUGGAUCACGGGUCAAUUCAUUGAUACAAGUGGUGGAAUCACCGGGCAUUGA